AUGGCCCUGUCUGUUUUCCAUAUUGAACCUCACAAAGUUCCAGACGAGGAGGAGCUUGAAACAUCACUUGCUCGUCUUAUUAUACCUCCAAAGCCUUAUAGUAAUUCUUCCUUAUUCAAAUUGAAUUUCACAAACAAAAGGAAGUCUGGUAAGUCUCUGCUUCAUGCGUUCUCCGUCAAUCUGGAACUUCAUGAGUAUGAGCUAAUUACAGAAGCGUCCUCGACAGAAAUUUCCGAGCUUUUCGAUGACUUAACAACAUUUAAUUUGAAUACAAGCAAUAAGCAAAAAAUUGCUAAGGAGCUGGUUGAACUACCCUUCAUGGAGGCUCAAGCAGAGUUGGGCAAAAUGGGUGGUGCAAUUGUGUACCAAUUUGAGAAGGACGACGAUUACGAUGAAGAAGAUCCUUAUGAAGACCCAUUUUAG